AUGAAGUUCUUAACCUUUGGUGCUGCGGCAGUAUUGGGUGCGGCCUUCCAAUCGUACACAUCAUCACCGAAGUGGGCUGCACAGUGCCGUCAACAAAGUAUCUUCGACACAAAGUUUAAGCCAUUCGUACUUGGUGAAGUGAUUAAUCUCGCAGAGGAUGUGGCCAUUUUCCGUUUUCUGCUGCCCAAGGCAACUGAUCAGUUUGACCUCACACCCUGCAGUACACUGCAGGGGUGUUUUAAGGAAGGCAGCAACAUUGUGGAUCAACCAAUGCGAUUCUACACCCCCAUUACACCGAAUGGCACAAAAGGCUUUUUUGACAUUCUUGUUAAGAAACAGCCGAAUGGUAGGUUUACGGAACAUCUCUUCUCAAUGGAUGUCGGUGAGACGCUUCUCUUCCGUACAGUGCAAUACAAACUGCAGUACAAGAAGAACAAUUGGGAAGAAGUUGGUUUGAUUGGUGGUGGUACAGGCAUCUGCCCGUUACUACAAUUUAUUAACGCCUCACUUGAUAUGCCAGGUGACACCACAAAGCUUUCACUAUUAUUUGCAAACAAAACGGAAAAUAAGAUUCUGCUUAAGGGUAUGCUUGAGGAAAAGGCACGCAAGUUCCAGAACCGUUUCAAACUGCACUACACUGUGGAUGCACUGGAGAACCCAGAGUCUAGCUCAACAUAUAAGGGCUAUCUGGGUUAUAUUGAUGAACAGAUGGUGAAAGAGACAAUGCCAAAGCCGUCACUGAAGAAUUUGGUGCUCGUGUGUGGUCCAGAUCCGAUGAUGACGAAAGUUGUUGGUUCUUCACCAAUGGUGUUGCGGGCGAUGAGUGGCGGUCUUGCGUACCAGCCAACUGGCACUGUGCUGAAUAAUGUCAGCGAUGUUGAGGGAAUUCUCGGUAAGCUGGGAUACACAAAGGACAUGGUCUAUCGCUUUUAA